GUAGAAAGGAUAGCUGGGCUAUGCCUAAUACAUUGCUUUGAAAUACAUGUCGGAAUCAUUUCAGUUUACAAAAUUCAUCAUAGUUUUUAUUGAAAACUGCUUACUGAAAAGAAAUGGAUUGGAUUGGACCAAUUUUAAUUGGCCCAGGACCAUACCCAUUUUGGGAAACCUGCAUACGAUGGAUCUGAAGAGGCCUUACAGAACAAUGAUAGUGGUAAAGCCUGUAAUGAAAAAGCAUGCAUGUAUUUUGUCAAAAUUAGUUGAGAUGGGACAAAAUCUUGGUAAGUUAUGCAAUGGUCAAAAAAAUAUGGUCCCAUUUUCCGCAUCAAACUGGGAUUCCAGGAGAUGGUGGUGCUGACUGGCUAUGAGACGGUCAAAGAGGCUGUAGUGAACCAGGCUGAUGCAUUUGCAGAUAGGGCUGAGUUCCCCAUUUUUGAAGAUGCUGGGAAAGGAUCUGCGUUACCGGUUUCCAGAAACACGUCACAGGACGCGGACCCGGCUCCUCCUGUCUCUUGCUCGUUUGGAACUUCGUUUCGAAACCAAAGCCAACCAAACCAACUACGCAGGGGGCGGGGGAGUUGCCAGGGGCCUGCAGGGGGAGAGGGCCGACCUAAUAAUCCCAGUGUAAUCAUUUGA